GCGAUCCGGUAGAACAAGUGGAGCUGUCGGGUAGAAUGUAAACUGUGUAGAUGAGAGAACAUACAGGCACCUUAGUAACGGCCCUCCCUCCCGAAUUGUGCAGCUCUCUGACAGCAGGGGGCGCGGUAAUCCAAAGUUUAAAGACAAUGGCGACUCCAGUGAAUGCACAGUGUUCUAGUAAGACCUGGGAGCUGAGUCUGUAUGAGCUGCAUCGCACCCCGCAGGAGGCGAUUAUGGAUGGAACUGAGAUUGCAGUGUCUCCACGCAGUCUUCACAGCGAGCUCAUGUGUCCCAUCUGCCUUGACAUGUUAAAGAACACAAUGACCACCAAGGAAUGUCUCCACAGAUUCUGCUCAGACUGCAUUGUCACAGCUCUACGAAGUGGGAACAAAGAAUGUCCUACAUGCCGGAAGAAGCUGGUCUCAAAACGUUCUCUUCGUCCUGACCCAAAUUUUGAUGCACUGAUUUCCAAAAUUUACCCAAGCAGAGAUGAGUAUGAGGCACACCAAGAUCGUGUCCUGGCAAAGCUAAACCGUCUACAUAACCAGCAGGCACUAAGCAGCAGCAUUGAAGAAGGACUUAAAAUGCAAGCUAUGCACAGAGCACAACGAGUUCGUAAACACCAGCACGAAUCAGACAACACAACAUUUAGUGGUGGGGAAGACAACUGCGACAGCCGCUCACAUGUCAGCAACCCAUCAGUGCACAGCAAUCAGGAAGCAGGGCCUAGUCGCAAACGAUCUCGAGCCUCUGAAGAUUCCGGAGCAGAACCCGAUCUUUCACAUGAAGGUGGAGUAAGGAGCCCUGAUCCUCCAGGUGGUGGAGAGACCGGUAGUGAGAUUGAACUGGUUUUCAGGGCACACCCCCUACUAGUGGAAAAAGAUGGUUAUAGUCAGACUAGGUAUGUAAAGACUACAGCAAAUGCGACAGUUGAUCACCUAUCAAAAUAUCUAGCCUUGCGCAUUGCUCUGGAGGAGGAGGUUCUCCGUGGAGAAGCAGAAGGCGUAACACUGGGAGAGGUUAGCGAGAAGCAAUACACCAUCUACAUCUGUACAGGGGUUGCAGGUGGUCAGUAUACUACACUGAAUGGCUCCUUAACACUUGAGCUGGUGAAUGAAAAGUAUUGGAAGGUAAGCAAACCGCUCGAGCUUUAUUAUGCUCCAACCAAAGAGCAGAAAUAGCCUCAUGGAUGAAAUGACUCACAUUAAAGAUGCUGCCGCCUGUAUGACUUUAGCAUUAUAUGCUUGUGCCAAGCAUUCCACAGGGAAUCGACCUGUUCUGGAGAAGUGAGGCUGCUUUUUUUUUCCUCAACUCCUAAUAGAGAGUUUAGCAGCUGUGGCUCAAAUAAAGGUAUACCAGAGUAAAGAAGGAAAGUUGUAUUUAACUUCUGUCCCUAAGCCAGCACCUUUUUAUUUGAUGGAUUGAGGGGGCUGACUGAUAUCUUGAGAACCAAGCUGUUGGAACUGAGCAGGGACUAAUGACAAAACACUGAAAAGCACCAAGCAUUGCAUAGCCCCACAUCUGAACCAUACUCCUAUACAGAACUGGAGAGGCCAUGAAAUAAACCCAUUCUCUAAGCACACUGGAAGGAACUGCAUGUGUCGUUCUUCCUAAGGAAACAAAAGAACCUGCCUCGGAAAAUGCCUAUAGAAGGACACCACCCAGAUAUCUGCAAGAACUGCAAGGAGCACAGAUUUGAGAAGGAAUUAAGUGGAAAAGUGGCAGCUCCAGCCUUGACUGUCAGCUUUGCAGUGAUACGUCUAAAAUACCAGGCUCUUCAUGCAACUCUACCCACGUUUCACAGAUAACUUAAUUUGUACCCAGUCAUUUAUAAUAAUGGUUUCAUUAGUUUUACCCCAUUGUACCCCACAAUAUAAAUAUAUACACAGUACAUGUAAACAUUGUAACAAAAACAUUUUUUGGGGGGGGUCAAUGUAAUUAAAGGAGAACUAUCGCAAGAAUGAAAUUUAAUAAAAGCUUCCUCAUACUCUCAAAAUACAACCAAUUAAAAAUUCUGCAUUGUUUCUGAAAUAAUCAAGUUUAUAUUCACUAUUCCUCUCUCAGCAUCUGUUUCUCGUCAUUCUGUCUUCAUGCAGCAGUUGGGUGUCAGAUGAAUGAUCCAAUAUAUCUUAUAAGGGGCUCCCUUUCCUAGCAGAUGAAUUAGAGCUCACUCAAAUAACUGAUUCCAGUACAAACAAAAUCUAACAAAAUAACUGCCUUUUGCUCAAAUUCUGCAUGUAGAGAGACGUAUUCCAGCUCACUCUAUUAAAAUCACCAGAAAUCCUGUCUCUCUACAUGCAGAAUUUAAGCAAAAGGCAGUUAUUUUGUUCUAGGCAAAAGAAGCCCCCUAUAAGAUAUAUUGGAUCAUUCAUCUGACACCCAACUCCUGCAAGAAGACAGAAUGAGGAAAAACAGAUGCUGAGAGCAGGAUAGUGAACAUAAACUUGAUCAUUUCAGAAACUGUGCAGAAUUUUUAAUUGUAGGAAGUACAAUUAAAAAAGUAGAAAAGUAGAAAGUUUUUUAUUUCAGUAUGAUGAAGCUUAUAUUAAAUUUUCAUUUUCACAAAAGUUCCCAUUUUACUGUCUGGGAGUACUGUAAUAUUCCUCUGUUAGGUGGCAAUAUUCCUUCCAUGUUAUCUUCUGCUUUCAUUGAAUAUUUAUAAUUAGGGAUGCACCGAAUUCGGGAUUUGGCCUUUUUCAGCAGGUUUCAUAUUCGGUCCAAUCCUUGUGCUUGACCCGAACCGAAUCGGAAUCCUAAUUUGCAUAUGUAAAUUAGGGGCGGCUAGGGAAAUCACGCAAGUUUUUGUCACAAAGAAGAAUUUUAUGCAAAUUAGGAUUUGGUUCGGGAUUCGGCCGAAUCCCAAAUACUGGAUUUGGUGCAUCCCUAUUUAUAAUAUUAUUUUGCAAAUGAAGGAUUGGUGUAGGCCAUGAAUCUUGCUGGGUGUUUACUAAACGUUCCUCAACCCUUUUCCUUCCCCACUCCUUCGUUAACAGGCAGCAUCCCCUUUGUUUAAAUGAUUCCAAAGAAUAGCGCUUGUGCUAAACAUACUAUCUGCCUAUUGUUUUAUUCUCAAAAAAAUUGUCCUUAUCAUUUACCUUAAUAGGACAAUUGAAGCUGCUCCAUGUUUGUUUUUUUCAGGGUAUAUCAUUAUAUUACCAGUGCACAGAUAAUCCCCUGCAAAUUCGACUCCUUCUAACACAACAGUCAAGUAGGAGUUUAUACACUGAAAAUCUGAUCAACUACUUUACAGGGACCAAACAUGGAGUAGCUUCUGUUUCUCCAUAUAGCACAGGGAAAAAAAAAACGUAUUAAAAUCAAAAGACAUAAGCCCUAUACUUUGCAUUCAUGUUGAACAAAGGGUAGUACUGCCCCUUUAAUAACCCCUUUUAAAAGAAUAACAUCAGGUAUGGGCAUUCAUACAGCUAGCAGUUGGGGUGGCUUAUUCUUAACAAAUAUUAUAAAAGAGUGGGGAAGAGAUAAAAUUAGACUUGAGUUUGUAACCAUAGUGGGUAUUGGAGAACAUGUCAGUGUAGUAAAACACCAUUUAGUUUCUGUAUUCAAGGAGUCUGCAAGACUUUUCCUUGUGACAUACACAUUGGACUGGCAAGAAGAGUUCCUUAUUGGAACCAUCACAAACAGCUAAAUAAUGAGGUCGCAGUCGUUUCUCUUAAGCCUUACUUGCACUUAAAUGUUAAUGGAAAGUGAUGGAGGGAACUCUAAAUCUUUGUAUUGUAUGUUAACUGCUCUUUACUCAGAGCAUAUUUUUCUUUUGUAACAUUUUAGUAAAUGUGGCUUUUCAAA